AUGUCGACUUAUCGCUCUGUUGGCGUCCUGGAUGGAACUGGUUUGUAUGCUGUUGUUAUUUUAACGGGAAACUUGUUAGAAACGUGAUCAGAAUGAAUGAAAUGAACAAUGAGGCCACUGAAAUAUUUCACCUCGCUGCUGCGCUUGUUUGUCGUUCGUUGUGAACUUACAAGAUAAUUUGUAUGACCAUGUCAACCGUCUCGCCCACAAAAUAUUUUAUAAUAAAUAUAUUUCAGCUUCUUUCUAACGUUAUAUAUACUAAGAGUGAUUAGGAACCAAUGAGGUUAUUGUAACGUGUUGCUUGUGUUUCAUUAUGCCAUGCUUUAGAUAAAUCAUAAUAUGUAACUUCACUCUUGCGUCACUGUCUGAUGUUGUCAUUGUAGCAACAGGACGUUGUCACAACACUAUUGCCCUUUCAAGCUCCCUAUCAGUUCCAUCACUCCAUUAAAAAAAGCAGAAAAGGUCCUAGGCUCAAGUACUAUCGUAAUUUCCACUGUUAGGUGCGAUCUCCGAAAUCCAAACUGAUCUUAAUUAAUUUUCCAAUUAAGAAAGAAAGCAGAGACAACAUCGGUCACAAAGGCCCAUAUCAGUAGUAAUCAUGUUAAUUUUUGUAUCACUUGUUUCAUUGAUGUUUUUUUCCAUGUGCAAUGUAAGCAAAUGGGGAUCAUGUUAUUCCUUUGUCUUGUAAAUUACGACUUCAAAGCUCGCUUGUGUAAACGGCAAGGAGAGUUAAUUGAGAUUAUGAUGACUUCACUAGUUCUUCAUUGACAAGUAACUACGCAGGGAGGCAGGUGCGUAAAGAAAUACGCGAAAUCUUGGAGCUUAAGAUAACAAGAGAAAUCAUGCAAAUUUUCGGUUAUGUUAAAUGUCAGCGAGCUCGUAAGUACUGCUUUGUUCUAGUACUGCAUCGUAUUUAACCCGUUCACUCACAAGAUAUCAUUAUUUAUUCUCCUUACUGUGUGCCAUAUCAUUUUCACUAGGUCUGUUUGGAGAAUUUUGUAGUGGAUCAAAUAAUCAUGCCCUCAUUGAUAUUUUUGUUUAUUCUCAUCACUUGUCUCCUUGAUAUUGUACCGAUAUUAGAGGGAGAAAUUCAGUCUUGGUCACUCAUGGAAGUUAAAGGGUUAAGCAGCAAGCAGAAGGAGCUGAGGAUAACUCGAAGUUGUACAUUUGAAUUAAAACAAUAAUAAGGCAAUUUUUUUGGGAGAGGUUAAGCGAGUUCCAGGCCUUCAGUCGGUAACACGGAGCGAAGUAGUAAACGACGCGAUAGUAUCUGCAGAGUGAAAAAGAGCGAGGCUUGGGUCGGGUCGGGUACCACAAAGAUCCUACAGCAACAUUAGGGUUUGGGGAGCCGAUCAAGGAAAAACUGUUGAUAGAUUAUCCAACAGACUUACACUUUUUCAGUUAGGUGACAUGCUUAAUCUUCGGCAGACGGUUUCUAGGAAUUUUUAUGGACUUCAUCAGUCGUUCUAAUAUAGUUGAUGAUGAUGAUCAAAGUCGGUAAAUAAAGGAAAAAAAAUUGGUCAGAGCCAAAAAUUUGCCAAGUAACAAAUACAAAGAACAAAACAAAUGAAAAUACAUCUACCAGAAAUCUGACAUCCGGAACGAACUCAGCUUUUUUUUUCAAUAUCCUUGUCUCAGAGAAGAGCAAAAACAUAAUUUCGAUAUUUCUUUUGGUGCAAUAUCUCUGAUUUGAAAUUUUCAGUGUUGCUUGAUAUCGGUUGUGCACUCUAAAGAUUUGAUUUCUCGCCCAGUGUCAAAUAUGUCCUCUAGCAUGAGCAGUACAAACAAAAAAGCAUUGACUAGGAUAGACUUCAUAUUUCUCCCUUGAGAAAGGACAGCCACACUGUGAAUUGUAUAAUCUGUAUACUUAGUUACUUAGUGAUUUCAUUUUGUCAUUUCUAUUUUGGGCGUUCCUGCAUAUUAACAUCAUAAGAAACAAAAAAAAGUAAACAAGAUCUUAGAAACUGAAAUUAAACUGAACCAUUGCAAACCAAGCAGAGAUCAAAAUAAACAAAUAUACAAUAUAUAAACUACUAUUUUUUGUUAUUUUUUGUAUAAAAAUUUUCAUUAUUAUUGUCAUAAUUAUUUUUGUUAUUGCUGUUGUCAUUUCUGUAGUUAUUAUUGUUUAUAUCGUUAUUGUUAUUAGUUAUUUUUUAAUAAUUUAGUGAAUUGGUAUUUUUUUAUAUGGACAUUGGAUGUUGGAGAUUCACGAAAAAAUAAUUGAUUUUAACAGAUAGUCCGGUUCUGUCGUCCAGAGGUACACAAAGAAGCACCCUCUCUGCAUCUAAAGUCAGACCAUGGUUUGACAACGAAGGCCUGGAACUUAUAUCCAACCCCGGAAGUGGCAAUGGAUCGCGUCAUCAAACUCCUACACCGCCAAUUGAAACAGAAAUCAAACCAUUUAAGCCCACUCAAAAUGGCUUGCUACACUUUUCAGCUGAUGCGUCUCUUUUAAAUACGGAAGAUAUAAACGCUCUUGACGAUGAAGGCCUCUCUGCUCUUCACCGAGCCGUCCGUCUUGACGAUGUGGAGGGUGUGACGUCUUUGUUGGAUAAUGGUGCAGAUAUUAACAUAUUGGGCAUGAGUGGACAUACACCCCUUCAUGCUGCUGUUAAGUAUGUGAUUGAUUUCCCUGUUUCUAGUUAAGCUUGUAUGUGAUCCUUCAGGUCACAAGUCACAGGUCAUUGGACUGUGCUGUGCAGCGAGUUGCGUUAAUGUAGUAGUGUUUUUGUCUCCCGCUUUGAAGUAAAUAUCAACGGGUGUCGGGUUGGGGCGGGGGCUUCUUCCGAUGGAUUACACUAGAGUUCAUCAUUUAAGAAGACGAGCAAUAGUACUUGGUGCUUCACGCCGGGAAGACUUACACAAGUUCCUAACUUGAGGGUUUAAAUCUCAGAGGACUAACAGUCUUGGCCAGCAUUUUGCAUGGAAUGUUAUGGAGUCAAAUUGUCACACACGGGUUUUUUCAUUUCAGUUAACAGAGUUUGAAGAAUCACGGUUUUGUAUGACAGAGAUAUUUUCAGUUCUGUGAUUACAAUUUCAGGUUUGAAAGAUCUAGGAUUGUCCAACUUCUGCUGCAAAAAGGAGCUGAUCCUUUAAAAGAAAACGAAAAUCAUUUGACACCACUUCAUUUAGCUGCACGAAAUGGUUUAACAGAGAUAUCCCGCGCUAUGUUGAAAGACUCUAGAGUAGGACCUUCCGCAUUAAACAAGGGGUUCAUCACACCUUUCCACUGCGCCUGCUUAGGUGGAAAUCCGGAGGUGUGUGCAUUACUUUUGGACGGUGGUGCCGAUGUAACUUCCAAAUUAUUUAGCACGACUCCCGCCUUAAGUUUAGCUGCUUGGCAGGGCCACGAAGAGGCGUGCCAACUUAUCAUCGAGAGAGGUAAGCUUUGCAGAGUGUGAAAUUGAAACAUUUUUAAGGAAGAGAAAAUUCAAAGUACUCCAAAAUAAAGAGCUUAGCGUAUAACGUUCUGAAUUGCGCUUUGGGUGUUUUGGGACCGGUUUACAGAAGACUCGUGGUAGUUAAAUCUUUAAAUGUUGAUGGGAUAUGGAAUAUCGAUCCAAUGUUUUAUAGAAUUAAGAAAAUAAGAUUGACAUAUUCGAAGUCUGGUGGUUAAAGAGACAAAGACGCACUCAGAGAAAGAGGAACUUUUGAGGGUCAUGUGGCUCCCCUUUAUUCCCUCACAGAUUAAGAAAAUAUUUCUGGUAACUUAAGCCUUAUCACUGCUGCUUUACAGCUUCCAAAAGACUGCCAUCUUUAACUGACUUUGUCAACGAACGAGACGAAGAGGGCAAAACUGCUCUUCAUAAAGCCUGUGAUGGUGGUUUCGAACGAAUAGUUGACUUGCUUUUACGUAACGGCGCAGACAGUAAUGCGGUGGACUGGGUAGUAUGCAUGUCUCCUCUUCACUCAGCAGCUAAAUAUGGUCACUUAGCGGUGGUCGAACUACUUAUCUUAAACGGUGCCGUUAUUGACGCCAGAAACGGUCGCCUGCAGACGCCCUUGCAUAGGUAAGACCGUUUCUGUCUGUUUCUUUUAAUAAAAGAAAAAAUAAGUUGGAAAUUAAAGAAGCCUGUUUGUGUAUUUUUUAUCUGAUCCCUUAAUAGCCAAGGCAAACACUGAAUGAGUUUUAAACAAACAAGGCUUGGCAUCUUGUCUUGAUAUAAUGGGGGUGUAAAACAUUUCUUUUAAAAGAACGUGGCUUUAGACAUCAUGUUCGUGUUACGACAUUGAAUAUUUAAAAACAAAUUAUUUCACGCUCUUCGACGGUUUCGCACAAUGAUAUUUAAAAAUCAAAUCGUAAAUUUGAACAAUUUUUUUUGAUAACAACAACAAAGUAAAAUUUUCUUCCGGCGAUGAUAAAGUGCACCAUUCAAACAGUAACUGUCAGAUAACUUUGUGAUAACAACUAAUUAUUCAAUUUGUGAUAAGCGACUAUCAUACUCUUACCAGUGCCGCAGGAUUCAAUCACGGCAAGAUAGUCGAACUACUUUUGGAGAUUGGGGCGGAUCCGGAAGCCCGGGAUACGUCAGGAAUGACGCCCUUCCUACUUGCAGUGACCCAUGCAGCAAGCUACAGUGUACAGGUUUUGUUAGACAAAGGGGCAGAUAAAACAGCUUUGGACUCUUCUUUAAAUAGCUGCCUCCAUUUGGCUAUCAAUUACUGCAAGACGGAGAUGGUGAAAACCUUAUUAGGAAAAGACAAGGAUACAUUGUUACAGCUUAAGGACAAACACCUGAAAACCGUGUUCCAUUUAGCUGCUGGCAUGAAAGAUUCAGAGGUAGCCCUACACAUCUCUCUUUUCUCUCAACCAAUACAACAACUGGAAACAGUGUUAGCAUCCGUUUCUAAAUAGCUUAAGGACGCUCCUUUACACACAUUCAUACAUUCAAUUGCAAAAGUAUUGACACCUUGAUGGCGUUCGCAAUGAAUGACGUGACCCAAUGGCUUUAUGGGUUAACAUAUCCAAUAAUCGCACGUUCUAAAUGAGAGAUCCACGCCUUCCUGAACGACAGAAAUUAAUAAACAAAGAUUUCUCGUGAAUAAUGGAAAAAGCUUUCACACAGUAAUACUUAACCAUAAAGGCGUUUUUGCCAUCUAGUGUACACACUGUUCCUUUUUGUGGAGCCCCAAAAUGUCCCAUUUAAUUGAGAUUCACUAAUAUAAGAAUCAAUGUAUAAACUGUUCCUUCUUAAAAUUUUGUACCCACGUAUCGGUAAGUUUCCUUCUUUAAAUUUUAGAUUUUGGAAAUUCUUCUACAAGAGAAAGACACAUCUCCUUUAAGCCAGCGUGACGUAAAAGAAAGGCUUCCUCUUCACAUCGCAGCUGAAAAAGGCUCAAUCCAUUGUGUCGAGACUCUCUCCAGGUGCCAUGGAUUUUCAUUUCACACCCAGCAGACGGAUGAAAUUGGAAGGACACCUCUACAUCUAGCAGCUAGUAACAAACACGCGUGGGUAUUUCGAUCUGGAAUAAAGUCAAAUAGAAUGAAAUCCCCCAUAGAGCUCAUUCGUGAAGUGAUCUCUCUUGGUUUAUUAAUUCAUUCCCAUUAAUGGAGAUCCAAGAAUAUUUUAGAAACCACUAGUUCUGUUUUGUGAAUAUUGCUCCCUUCGUCAUCUAUAACUUUUGACGCCAAAACAUUCCGGUCAAGAGGAAGACUUAUAUGGCAUCAGAUAAAACCAACAGAGGACACAGAGAUAUCGGUUUCUUUCCCCGGCCGCAAUCUCCAUUUUGAAAAUUGCUGACCUGUAAACUUUUUUACUUUUGUAGCACACCAAAGGGAAAUCAGUUUAAGAGCGAUGAGUUCGUUUACGGCGUAACUGAUUCGGUGAAACACGAUUAAGCAUGCAUGCAUGGGGUGGGAUAAGAUCUAAAGAAUUCCACUCACAAACAUCCAAGUAGAGGGUUAAAAUAGAUUACCAAACGAUUACAAUUUUUGGAAAUAUUUUUGUUUUGCUUUUUACUUUUGGUCGCAUCUUUGCAAUCCUAGGGAAACAUGCAGAGUCUUACUGAAAAAUGGCGCCGAAGUUUUUCAAAUGGAUGUGAGAGGUUUUACUGCACUUCACUACGCAGUAGAAGCUGGAUCACUUCAGACCGUUAAAAUUUUGCUAGACUGCCGUUUGCCAAGUACUUUAGAACGAGUAGAUUUAAGCAACAACACACCACUUCACAUAGCGUGUAUGCACAAUCGUCCUGAUAUUUUAAGUUUCCUGCUGGACCAAGGAGCUAACGUUACAGCCAAGAAUAAAAGGAACAUGACUUGCCUUGAUGUGGCCGUUGAAUGGGAAGCGAGCGAAGUCGCCAUGACGUUAAUGAGGCAUCCAAGGUUCGUAAAGUAGAAUAAAAUGAAUAUAAAAGUCGGUCUUGAUGUUAUAUCCCAAUUUGCAACUGAAAAAAUUUGAAGCAAAGUGUCGCACUCACAGUCUAAUUAUAAGACUCAGUUCGAAUUUCUUACAACAAGUUUACAUAGACCAGAAAAAAAAGCCAACAUUGAACAAAUUACGUCCCCAUACACUACUUAAAAUUGAAACAUGUUAUCUGGAAGUAACAACUUAAAAAAUAAGUAAUUUCUGGCCGCAAAAGGCGACGUAGUGUUAUAGUUAGCGCGCUGGACUCAGCUCGAGAUUUACCAGGUAGUUGUAAAUUGUCUUAAGCAAUGCGUGCUCUCACAUAACCUCCACGAAGUAGUAUAAAUGAAUACCAAACAGCUGUGGGAAAUCCUGUGGAGGGGGUAAAGAUAGUUACAAGGAAAAAGCAUACCGUUCCAAGUGAUAAGCAGUACUCCUAGUCAGGCUUAAAACACUUUUAAAAGAAAUGUCGCGUUCUAUAUCAAUUCCCUUGCUUCUUUUUACAGAUGGGAAGAGGUGCUUAAUUACUACCCUGACGAUGGUGUCUGCUCAAUGGAUAAAUUGAUCGAAAAGCUGCCGAAUGUGGCAGAAAUUGUUCUUGACAAUUGUAUAAGUUACAGUCCUCUUCCUCCAUCACACGAAGAUUUUUCUGUCAGGUUCAACCUCCUUCCACUAGAUCCCAACACGAAUUCUGGAUGCAGUAAUUACUUUGGACCAGCGUGUAUGGCAAAACAUCGGCGAGAAAAGUUACUGAAUCACAAUGUCACCCAAGCUUUGCUGAGAUGGAAGUGGAUGAUUCUUGGAAAGUUCGUUACUUUCUUCAACACGAUAGUAUUUGCUGUUUUCGUCGCCUUGUUUUCAAGCUUCAUUGUCAAAGAAAGAGAAAAAGUAAAACUUUCACAUGCUUCGAAGGAUGAGAUAGCAAUUGUUGAAGACAAUGAUAGCUUCCUGAGCCACACACCAUGGAUCAUAAUUAUAUUUUCAGUUGUUCAGCUCGUCAAAGAGCUUAUCCAAAUGUUUUGGCUUCGGUUGUCGUACUUUAAAGAUCUCACAAACUUAUUUGAACUUAUCAUGUUUGCCUUCGUGUGGAUGUUCACCCUUUCUUCCAUCUCGGAAUCGUUUUCCUUAACCGCGGAAGUGCGAUGGUCGGUCGGGGUAUUGGGAUUAUUUAUGUCCUACAUCAGUUUGACACUAUAUUUUCGUCGUUUUGGUGGACUUGGCUUAUACGUAACAAUGUACGUUGAGGUGCUCUUUACCUUUGUCAAAGUGAUAUCCACUUUCAUGAUCGCCCUGACUGGUUAUGCCUUGGUUUUCUACGUACUACUAAAGGAACAGGUGAGGGGAUGGGUGCUAUUCGCAUUCCAUUUACUUUAUUAGAGCGAUAGUUUACAAACACGUGAUCUUAUUGGAAUACAAUCCAAAAAUGUCUGAAUGGAUGGGUCGAAUGAUGAAAGAUUCAGUAAUCAAUGCUGGGGAAAGGACUGAACAACAUGUACACAACUUUUACCUUUUUUCGCUUUGUAGGUGUUGAAAGACUAGCCUUUCAACAAAGCUCUACUUAUUUCACUUAAAUGUUAUGGGCUGCUCUGAUUUUUAAUAAUUUCAUUCAUUCGCAGGGUAAUUUCUCAGAUUUUUGGUUCUCAACGGCAAAGAUCCUUGUGAUGAUGGUUGGGGAACUGGAUUAUACAGACAUGUUGGUUGAACACGUUGUAAACAACCAGACAGUACCAGGGACAAGUUUCCCAUAUGUUCCUCUGCCGAGACUAACAUUUGCGCUUUUCUUAGUGUUCAUUUUGAUGGUAUCCAUUGUGCUAGUCAACUUAUUGGUAAGCCAAUGAUUGUAUACGAUCCCUCUUCCUUACUGGCCCAAGAAUGACAUUAUCCAUCGAUACAGCUUCCAUUGUAUCACUUGAUUCUCUGAUUCCCUUCUAGCUCCUUUCAUGUUAAUUGCUUCCUCUCUUCUUUCCCUACAAUGAGACAGACUUCUACUAAAAAGCUAAUCUGCUGCCAAUAAAACGAAAAUCAGCGAAACAUGCUGUGUUUUGUGUAAGACACGUUGUGCUUUGGGAAGGGAUCAAAAGUAUGUCUGAUAAUGUGAGAACCAUAUUCAAUCAUCCGUUCUCAUCCAUCCUUCUCAACGUGUACUCUUUCUAGAGGGAAUGCGUUGAUGAUAAAUGAUGUAUGAUAUAUGUGUCGAUAGAUACAUGAAAUAAGAAAUAUCUGACAAUUUUACAACAACUUGAGCUAGGAUAACUCUUCAGAAACUUUGUUUCUGUGUAGGUUGGUUUAGCGGUUGGAGACAUUGAGUCUAUCCAAAGGACAGCAAGUCUACGAGCUUUAAUAGAUCAGGUGUUUUUGGUUGACAGCAUCAUGAAGUCGUAUCCGAAGUGGAUUCUGCGAAGGAUUCACAAAAGUUCGUUGGAAAUAAAACCAAAUCAAAAAAAUUUCCUGAAAAGGUAGGUAUCUGAUUGUGAAGUCCACAUGAAAGAAGAGAAAAUUCACGUUACAGAUCUAGUAAAGUAACUUAUGUUUUGCAUUUAUUUGAUUGUGGAAUUCUUAUAAUCGAUAUUAAAGUGUCUUCCUACAAAAUUGCACAUCAAGGCCGGCAGAAGCUUAAAUAAUUUUGUUCUCCAAGUGCUUGUAGUUAGCUCCUUGUCUGAUUGACGUUGGUAUAUAUUAGGGUAAUUUAGUAUUAUCAAGUGAGUUGAUAUCGUAAAUUGGCCACCGUAAAGAAUUUAAAAGAUACAUAUUGCUUGUCUUGACAAGGUAAAGUCUCUUUUAUCUACUUAAAACCUAUUUUAGUUUGGUUGAGGAAUAUCAGUUACAGUGGGUAAGAGGGAUUCCUUGACGAUUUCUGGCUAAUCGAUGAUAGAACCCCACAUGUCAUCUUGUGGACGAUUAAUGUCAUAUCCCUUUAAUUUUUUAUCAACUCUUUAUUACUUCGAAGGGUUCUCCUCGCUGGUUCAGAUGUUUCGGGUCGGGAGUUCAUGGAACUGCUCAUAAGUCGCAAAUCAGGUUCGACCACCCCAGAGCAGGCAAGGGAUGAAACACAAGGAGAGAGUAUCAGAAACCUACAGGCCACGGUAGAAGCUCAGGGGAGGCUUCUUCAAGCGAUGGCUGAUAGGUUAAGAAUUAGAGAGUAAAAUGUAAUUCCACUGAAUUCAGCGUAAUUUUCAAAAGGAAGCUUCGUGAGUAUUAUAUAAAGUAAACUUAUUCCGCUCCCUAGAUCUGCAGCGAUUGACAGAUGGUUCAGGCGACAGUGUAUGUAAGGUUUGCUUAAGUGUAGCCGUGAUCAACUCGAACUGAAGCAGACUCUGUAAAUGAAAUUUACUAGCUGCGUUAUGAAAAUAGAUACUCAGCAUCAGCUCAAAACUGUUUUUGCGCGCUGAUCUUGAGACCUUCCAAUGAAGUAUAGUUCCUCCUAUCCGUGGAUAGCCACUACGAGAAGAAUCGCUUUCUUGCCACUCCGAAAUCCACCCGCCGCUCUAUCAUCACCAACGUGUGGGUUUCCUCUUCAAGAAAAACUUAAACACGAUGCCACCCAUCGGUUCUGAAAUUUAUUUGGAAAUUUUUGAUACAAAGUCUGCCACUAUAGAGGUACCACUAUUCACCCGUAGGGCAGUAGGCGGAAAUUUUUCGUCUAUCUUAGCCGGAUUCGUAAGAUGCUUAAAAAAUACAAACUAUCAAAAUUUUCAUCAUCAGCUGAAGUUUUCAACAAUUAUUUGCCUGUCUGCUUACAAUAAACUUUUUGAUUUACUGUUGUAACUAAGCUGGAGUGUAUCUAAAGUUAAGCCACC